UCAGUAUAUAUAUACAUAUAUUUUUUCACUCCCCUUUUUUGUAUUUUAUUCCCCCCCUGCUAAAGUUCACUUCCAUCUUUUUCCCCCCGUCAUCUAUUUAUUUUAUCACAAACAAAAAAAUUAAUAAACUUCCAAACAAAACGAAACAACAACAACAACUCUAAGCAGAGUGAGAAUUAAUCGCGUUUAGAAUAAAAGGCAAAAAGAAAGAACCAAGCGCCCCAGAGCCUUGAACGUAAACACAAAAAUGGAGGUCAAGGAGGAGGAGGCGAAAAUUUGUCGACUCUGCGGACAAACUGAUAAUAUUUGUAUAGACGUCUUCAGUGAGGAUGGAACAAAUCGUUUGCUUCGCAUUAAAAUACAUUCGAAAAUUAAUAUUCUGAUAGAUGAGAGGGAUCUUCUGCCAAAGACGAUCUGUGUUCAUUGUGUGGGGAAACUCGAAUUCGUUUGCGACUUCCAAGAGGAGUGUCUUCGUACUCAACAACUGUUACGCGAUCGGUACAAUCUACCACCCUUAUCAGAUGUUGAUGAAUUGGACAAAUUGGAUCAAUCUGUCCCUGGCACAUCGACAAUUAACAACAAUGACUCGAAUAAAGAUCUCAAUCGAUCAAGAACUCCACAAUUGGAUAAUCAAGAAAUUUAUAUGGAACUCGAUAAACAUCGCGAUGAAUUUCAAUGUAAAUCAUCAACCUCCUUAAUUGAACUUCAAUGUCAACAAAAUGAAACACCAGUUUUAACGACACUGCAAAAUGUGCCUUUCCCCCAAGAAUUUAAUAAUUCCCAAGAAGUACUUCACAGUCAAGUUACAAACAGUUCGAAUUUACAACCACAACAACAGCAGCAACAACAACAGCAGCAGCAACAACUGCAACCAUCACAUCAUCAUCAUCAUCACCAUCAUCAUUCACAUCAUCAUAGUAAUAACAAUCACCAUCAUCAUCAUCACAAUCAUCAGCAACAACAUCAAACCUUAAAUCGUGACGGUAUGAGAACCGAAGUGAUUAUCGAGACCCGCGAUCCUCUCGAUCAACGUGUUUUACAAACAGACGAAAUGCUUCAAGUUCAUCAUGUUUUACAAUCGCGUGAAAUUUAUCAAGAACAAUCGCCCCAUUCACCAGCGUCAAUGCCAAUAAUUCGCAGUAUCGAGAGAUUAAUAACCGACGAGAAUUCCCUCGAAUCGGGUAAUAAUCAAGAUGCUUGCGUCCGUUGGCUGAGGGGUAGAAACGAACUCGAGAUAAAGUGCACAAAGGGGAACGAAAUUGAAAAACCACGAACGUCAAGUGAUUCGUCGAAUGACACCACAGAGCAAAUGAACGGCUCACUGAAUAUGAUUCAAAUAGCCACGAGUACAUUGAAUAAACUCCUUAACGUCAUUGCCGAAACCUGCGAGGUCGAAGUAUCGGUCCGUGAAUCUCUGAGUUCAGACGACAAUGGCGGCGAUAUAAGUUUUCUAAUCGAACUACGAAAUAAGGAGACAUCAACAGUUAACGUCCUGGCGAAAGUAUUUCCCGAUCAGGGCUCUUGUUUACUAGAUCCAAAAAUUGUGACCUUAUUGAAGGAUCAAGGAAAUUCGGAGAUCAGCGAAAUUCUCAAAGUUAUUGACGCGAAAAGUCAGAAGGGAAAGGGGAACAUUGACGAAGAAUCGCAGGAGACUUUGCGAAAUCCAGAGGAAUUGUUCCGUAUGGACGGCGAGGAGAUACAUGUCGAUGAGAAUGUUGAACAAGUAACGGUCAACAAUCAAAUUAAGGAAGACGACGAGUUGCCGACUGCAGUCUGUGUGAAAUGUAUCGGGACCUUGGAAUUUUUAUACGAGUUUUACGAAUGGUGUCAUCGAACUCAACAAACUUUUAAUGACAAGUUGAAAACAAGCAGGAAUUUGGAAAAUUUUGAACAUUCCGAAAACGAGUCGGACAAGGAGAAUAUUUCACCGGAACAAAAAUUGAAGCGAAAAUUAAAGUGUAAAACAUUGCCAACAGGUGAAUAUCAAGAAAAAAAGAAUUUAAAUAAAAAAAAUGAUUCGAUCGAGAAGGAAAUUGUGAAUAAAGAAAAAAAUAGGGAAGAAAUUGUUUCUGUUGAUAUUGGAAGGGAAAAUUGUUUAACGGAAAAUUUAUUAUCUGAAUCAAUAGCAACAACAAUUGAAACAGCGAAAACAACAACAACAACAACAGUAGCAAUAACAGAAGCACCAACGGAGACAAUACAAAAUUACGAACCACAAAUUUCACAAGUUCUUGAUGAAAAAGUUUUUUUCAAUCUCGAAAAUAUUAUUGUCAACAAUACAAUAAAUUCUUCAUCAACGACAACAGAAACAAUAACAACAGAAGCAACAGUAGAAGUAAUAGGAAUUUCAAAUGAAGUUGAUGAAAAUAUUGAUAAUUCAAAUUUAAUAAAUGAAAAUUCAUCAUUAUUACCGCCAACAUUAGACGAGUGGUUAAAAUCAGGAAAUGCAAUGAAUGCAAAAAAGCGUAAAAUUGAUAGUAAUAAUCAAUUACAAUUGAAAAAAAUUCCACGCACUAUUUGUGAAUCGCGUUACAGUAAAAUAUCGGAAUUAAUGACUGAUGAGCAAAAAGAAACUGUUGAAAAUUUUUAUCGUGUCGAUAUGACUGUUGUUGAUGAGAAUAAAGUCGCUGAAAAUAUGACAAUUUAUUCACGCAAUGAAAUUGAAUGUAAAAUAUGUCAACAAAAAUAUAAUCGUAUGGAUAAAUGUCAGGUCCACAUAUGGAGACACUUGGAAAUGAAACCAUAUUUUUGCACUGCCUGUGAUUUCACAACGUUAACGGUUUCAAAUAUACGCUGUCAUAUUAGAAAAAGUCAUUUGAAAAUUAAGCCCUACGUGUGUCCAUUGUGCGAAAAACAAUACACAUCGCCGUCAUCAUUGCAGGAACAUCUCAAUACCCACACUGGCGAGAAGCCAUACAGUUGUGGUGAUUGUGAUUUUUCCAGUGCCAGUAAACAGGUCCUGUCCUAUCACAAACUCACCCACAAACAGGAAAAGGAUGUCGAGUGCGAUGUAUGUGGAAAAAAGUUUUACUCAAAAGGACGUCUACGAAGUCACAAAUUUAUUCACAAUAAGGACACGGCAUUUAAAUGUAAAUUUUGCUCAACAUAUUUUAUGAAUAAAGAGGCUCUCGAGAAACAUUACAGUACAUCGCACGUUCAAGAUUAUGAAUGUAAUAUAUGUAAUAAAACAUAUAAAUCGAGAAAAUCAUUACACAAUCAUCAAAACGUACAUUCGGAGGCAAAAUAUCAAUGUUCAUUGUGUCCAAGAAGGUAUAAAAGUCAACAUAUUUUGAAGGAACAUCUUUUAAAACAUGGCGGAAUUAGAAAAUAUAAAUGUCAAACUUGUGAGAAAACUUUUGCCCAACAAUCACAUCUCUCUGCACACAUGUCCGUUCACAAAGGAUUCAGAUUCGAAUGUCCUGGCUGUAAAAAAUGGUUCAAUCGUCACGACAAUAUGAAAGCGCAUACAAAGCGUUGCAUUAAAAUAUUGCGCGAUCCAUCAUUAAUGGAUUUGGUGGCGAGUAAUGCAAAAAUAAAAACAGAAAGUUGCAGCAGUAUUGACACGAAUAAUGAUAAUAUAAGUGUAUCAUCAAAAAGUUCAAUGAAUUCAGUGAAGGAAUCAAGAGUGAAUUCGACGAAAAUGGAAAUUAAUUUAAAUAAUCUUCAAAAUAACGACAAUGAUGAUAUUGAUGAUGAUGAAGAUGUUGAUGAUGAUGAUGAUGAUGACGACGAUGAAUCGGAUAUUGAUUAUCAUUAUGGGAACAAUGAUAGUAAUUCACUGAAAACAAGUGAAAUUUUACAUUCCCUAGCGGAUAGUGAUGAUGACGAUGAUAAUGAUGAGGACAAUGUUAAUGACGUGGUGAAUAAUCACAAUGAUGAUAUUAUUACAAGAGGCGAAUUGUCCGUUACCGAAAAUAUUCUAUCGCCCGAAUGUUUCUGAUUAAAAAUUUAUUUUAUUUAUUUUUCCA